UGUUAUUUUUUAUUUAUCUUAUUUUGGAUCUUUGAUCUUGUCUAUGGUAUAUUCAUUGUUAUUUAUUAAAAACAAUGGAGUCUAGAGGGGAAACUUCAGAAUUACAACAAUUAGUUUCAAGUGACGCUGAAAACGACGACAGUACAAUACAAGAUGAGCCAACAGAUCAUACAGAGAGUAAAAUUAUUUCACCAAUUCGUAGUAGUAAAGUGUUUUCGUCCUCUGGGAAUACAAGUCACAGCUCUGUAACAAAAUCUUUGGGUAAGGGGAACAUUGGUGGUUCCAAGAUUUCAUUCAUAAAUGAGAGAAAAUUAGCCAGAGAACCUGCAAAAUCAAGCACAGUGAGACCUAGAAAUGCUCAUAAAGAACCUUCUAAACCCGCAGUUAUCCACCACCAUUCUUUUAUCUCUCAAGUGCCUGACGUUCGUCAUAUGGAAAGAGCGCUCCUAGGACUUUUAGCAGAUUUCCAUUCGGGUAAGUUAAAAGCUUUUGGCGGUGGAUGCACAAUGGAACAAAUGACAAAUAUAAGGGAGCAACAAGAAAAACUUGCAAAACUACAUUUUGAUCUUGCUGGAGCUGCCACAAUUCCAUCAUUAGCAGAUGAAAGCUUAAAAACUUCACAGAAUACAAUGAGUCAACUAAUUCAAAGACUAGAGCAACUCAGUAUAUCAAUAGAAGCACUUCAUAGUAAUUCAACCAAAUAGGAGUAAUAAUUUUGUAUUAUGUAUAUUUAUUUAUAU